AUGUCUGGCACCCCUGAGUCCCAGACUGAAAUCCCGGCUUCCCAAAAGGGAAACGCCCCUGUGCCUCCCGCUGCCCAGGCACCUCCCCAGGCUGCUGCCUCCACUGCUCCUGGUGAAAACCAGCCUGUGGGUCAAAACCUCCCUAACCAAAACUUCCAGGGUGGCAAAUACCCACAGCACUUCCAGGGGAAACCCCAGAACAGACCGCAGCAGGGCGGCUCCCAGGCCCACGGCUCCGCUCCCGGUACUCCACACCAGCACCACCAACCGCCCCACCAGCAUCAUCAGGGCCAGGGCCAAAGAGGAAACUACAACAACAACAAUAGCAACAAGAACUACUACAACAACAACAAAAGGAACUACAACGCCAAGGUUGGCGCGCAGAACCAGUACCAGUAUCCUCCCAACUUCAACCCCAACAUGUACAACUACUACCCAAUGUACUUCCAGCAAGGGAUGCUGCCGCUGCUCUCGCAGUCGCCUGUUCAAUCUUAUCCUCAGGGUGCCUCUCCUGCUGCUGCUGCCAGCGCCGCUGGACCUACCAAGGUGAAGAUCACAGACAAGGACGGAAAGCAAGUCAACUUGGAGGACAAGAAGAAGCUGUCUGCCAGCUCUUCUGCUCUGACCACGCCCGUGCCUUCUCAGGCCCAAAUCGUGCCUGGAUCGGCCUCUCCAGCCAAGUCCCAGACGCCUGAAUCCGAGGACCAGGCUGCUGCUGCCGCUGCUGCUGCCGCUAAGAAGAAGGAAGCCGCCGACGAGUUCCGCAGAAAGAUUCUCGAGAAGGCCAAGGCCGCUAAGGAGAAGAAGGAGGCCGAGGCCCGUGCCGCCCAGGCUGCUGCUGAGCCCAAGGAGGAGGUGAAGGAGCCAGUUCCCGAGACCAAGCCUGAGCCUGUGGCUGAAACGAAGCCCGAGCCAGUGGCCGAAUCCAAGCCAGAGCCAGUUCCAGAAACGAAACCAGAGCCAGUUGAGACCAAACCAGAGCCUGUCACAGAGACCGUGAAGGAGGAGGGUGAGAAGAAGGAGGAAGCUCCAGCUCCAGCUCCAGCUGAGACCACCAAGGAAGAACCAACGGAGCCAACGGAAAAGGCCGAGCCAACGGAAAAGUCCACCCCUGUGGCUGCCCCAGAACAGUCGGAGGACAUUGCCGAAAAGGACGAGGAAGAGGCCGAGGUCGAGGAACAAGAGAAGGUGUUCGACCUCUCCGCUUUCUUUGACAGAUUGGCCUCGUGCAGAGCCAUCGAAGACCCCUUCACUUACCCAUACCCAUACCCCUUGACCGGCGUCGACGCCAGAUGGAAGGCUGGCCAGAAGAAGUAUAGAUACGACCCGCAGUUUUUGUUCCAGUUCCGUGAUACCGUGAACUACCCUAUCGACGAUGCCUGGAAGGAGAAGCUUGAAGGUUUGGGCAUUGUGCCUAACAAGAGAUCCGGCCCUGGCGGUCCUCAGCGCAUGAACUCUUCCAGAUUCGGCUCUCAGGCUCCAGGCAGAAUGGGCGGAAGCAUGCAGAGACCUGGUUCUUUCGACGGAAGACAAAACUCCAGAUCGGGCUCCAGAAGAAGAGGCGGCUCCAACGCCGGCAACCCAAGAGACCGUUCGUUGAGAAACAGAAACCAGUCCAGAAGAGGCCCAAGAGAGAGAGACGAUGAUGCUCCAUCCAAGCCAGCCGAGGACGUGAAGCCAUUGGUUCCUUCUGCCAACAGAUGGGUGCCUAGAUCCAGACAAAAGACCACCGAGGUCAAGACUGCUCCUGACGGAACGGUGCUCCUUGACAAGGAGGAUGUGGAAAGAAAGGUCAAGUCUGCAUUGAACAAGUUGACGUUGGAGAUGUUCGAGCCUAUCUCGGAGCAGAUGUUGGACAUUGCCAAGCAGUCCCGCCACGAGGAGGACGCUGCCACCAUCAAGCAGGUUAUCUCCUUGACGUUUGCCAAGGCCUGUGACGAGCCUUACUGGUCCAGCGUUUACGCCCAGUUCUGUGCUAAGAUGGUGAAGGAGAUCCCCGACGAAAUCAAGGACGUGAGCAUUCUCACCAAGAGCGGCGAGCCUGCCAUUGGUGGUGACUUGGCCAGAAGAAUCCUUUUGGCUACCUGUCAGACCGAGUACGAAAAGGGCUGGGUCGACAAGCUCCCCACCAACCCAGACGGCUCUCCUUUGGAGCCCGAGAUGAUGUCGGACGAGUACUACGCCAUGGCUGCCGCCAAGAGAAGAGGUCUUGGUUUGGUCAAGUUCAUUGGUAACCUUUACAUCUUGAACAUGUUGAACGACCAGGUUAUCUUGCAUUGUUUGAGAGACCAGUCCAAGAACGUGACGGACCCAUCGGAGGACUCGUUGGAGAACUUGGCUCAGUUGAUCAAGACCGUUGGUCCUAGAUUCGAGGCCUCGGAGAGAAACAAGGCUGCCUUGAACAUGAUCUUUGACAACAUCCAGCUGAUCUUGGACAACUGCAAGCUCUCGUCGAGAAUCAAGUUUAUGUUGAUGGACUUGCAGGAUUUGAAGAAGAGCAACUGGAAGUCGCUCAAGCAGGAGUCUGGCCCCAAGACCAUCAAGGAGAUUCACAACGAAGCCGAGUUGAAGAAGCUCGAGGAGAGCAAGGCCCAGGCCGAGAAGAGAAGAAACAAGGGCUACGGUGGAGGUGGCUACGGCGGUGGUGACUCCAGAUCAAACUCCACCAGAGGCGGAGCCUCGUGGGGCAACAAGAAGGAGUCCAGAGCCCCCACCAAGGACUCUAGAGGCUUCCAGUCUGUUCCUCGCUCGCAGCUGAACAGACCCACGCCUGACUCGAGCUUCAGUGCUUCCCACACUUCUCCUAGAGAAAACUCUAAGAGAACCGACUCCAUGGCCUCCAACAUCUUCGCUGCUUUGGACGGCGACAACGACGACAACGAGUCCGAGGGCGCCGGCCACUAA